AUGUCGUUAUCACCGUCGACUACCGUAUCCACCCCCUCCUCUACACCUUCUGAAGUCUGCGCGGUUUGCAGUGACACGGUACAUUCACAUCAGUUUGGUGUACCUGCAUGCCUUGGAUGUAUUGUAUUUUUUCGAAGGACUGUCAUUAAUAAAGUUCAGUACAAAUGUUGGAAACAGGGAAGGUGCUUGAUUACUUUUGCAUCAAGAUGCUCCUGCAGAGCUUGCCGAUUGAGAAAAUGUUUUCACGUUGGAAUGAAACCCGCAGCUAUUCAGCAACGUGAUCGACUUGGUCCCAGAAACCCCAAAGUGAUAUUUUAUGAACAAAUGAUUCAUUAUAAAGAUGUUCCAACUUCGUCGUCGCUUUUCACACCACUCGUCCAUCUCCAACGGGUUCAACGUGCACUUCACGUGAACUACAGUAACCACCCAAUCAGAAACCGCAACCAGCCAAACGCCCACAGGAAACCGGCUAGUCGUGGUGACAUCAAUUGUUCCUUGAAGUUAGCUUUCAAAAAUGCAGACGAGUGGGGGAAUCACUUCGAGACAUAUCGAAAGUUGAGUCGAGAGGAGAAGAACUCGGUGUUAUCGGAAUAUGGAAUAGCGUUCCUUUUGAUUGAUCAGGCAUUUCAAACUUCUCGAUUCAAAAAGGAUAAUGUUUGGAUAUUGCAAAAUGGAAAAAUUUUGAAUUCCGAUAAAUUUCAAGAAGAUGAAGAGCAGAGUAGCAAAGCGGAAACUAAUUCUGCUUUCAUCGAGGAAUUGAUUGAAUGCCUGGGCAAUCCAUUCAGAAAUCUGGAAAUCGAUGAUUUUGAGUGUGCAAGUCUGAAAACAAUGCUUCUCCUAACUCGUUGA